GAGGCGCCGGCGCCUGUGUCUGCGAGACGGUGUGGAGGGCGGGCCGCACCGACCUGACCUGACCUGACGCGGCCGGGGCGCUCGCCGCGCUCACUGCUGACUGUCGAAGGCAGCGGGGUCGCAGUCUGGGUAUGGACGGAGUGGACGGUUCCCCGCGCCGACGAGGCGGGCCCACCAUCGACAAGAUCAAGAUGCUGGUGUUGCAGACCUACCACAAGGACUCGUACAUGGCACACCGUCGCGACUGGCGGUUGGGUCACGAGGGCCGGUACCGACGCACCUCGUCGCCGCCGCCGCCGCCAGCGGGACGGCCGUCGGCGCCGUCGGCUGUCGGCCGCAGCGCCUCGUGCGCCGUCCCGGGCCGGGAGCAGGGCGCACCGUCGCGCUUCCGCCAGCCAGCCAGCGUCGGCCGACUGCAUCCGACUGGUUGCUCGCCGGGCUUCGUCCGAUCGCUGUCUUCCGCGGAGCGGCAUCAGACGGCCAGCGGUGGGACCGUCGAGGCGCGGCCUGAGCUGCUGACGGUCGGCGGGCUGCGGCGAAACGGAACCGUCCCCGCCCCCGCCCCGGAGGUCAGCCGAGCGGAGGUCAACCGAGCGGAGCCGUGCGGACGGCGGGCCGCCCAGCCGUCUGACCGCCGGUGUCGCCGCCCUGGGCGACCGCAGCCGCUCGCCGGCCAGCCGCGAGGAGCCUGCGGGGGAGUCCGAGAGUGA